AUGAAUUCUAGUUAUUCUUAUAAUAAGAAUGAUAAAAAUAAUGAGAAUAAUAAGAAUGAUAAGAAUGAUAAGAAUGAUGAGAAUAAUGAGAAUAAUGAGAAUAAUGAAAACUAUGAGAAUGAUAUUAGUACACAAAAUAAACAAAGUGAUUAA